AUGUCCUCGUUUGAGAAGGAUGAAGGGAGAAAGGAGUACAAGCUGGCACGAGAAUACUAUGAUCAGCAGAAGUAUGCCGAGGCAGAGCUGCUGUUGCGACAGUCGGCUGAGCAGCAGCAGAAGGUGCUAGGCGCCGAGCACGUCGACACGCUUAACAGCAAAUACUGGCUGGCAACCACGCUUCGCGACCAGCAGAAGUACGCGAAAGCAGAGCCGGUGUGGCGGCAGCUGGUUCAGCAGCAGCAGAAGGUGCUAGGCGCUGAAGACGUCGAAACGCUUCGGAGCAAAUACUGGCUGGCAACCACGCUUCACGACCAGCAGAAGUACGCGGAAGCAGAGCCGGUGUGGCGACAGCUGGUUCAGCAGCAGCAGAAGGUGCUAGGCGCCGAGCAUGUCGACACGUUUAACAGCAAAUACUGGCUGGCAACCACGCUUCACGACCAGCAGAAGUACGACGAGGCAGAGCCGGUGUGGCGACAGCUGGUUCAGCAGCGGGAGAAGAUGCUAGGCGCUGAGCAUGUCGACACGUUUAACAGCAAAUACUGGCUGGCAACCACGCUUCGCGACCAGCAGAAGUACGCGAAAGCAGAGCCGGUGUGGCGGCAGCUGGUUCAGCAGCAGCAGAAGGUGCUAGGCGCUGAAGACGUCGAAACGCUUCGGAGCAAAUACUGGCUGGCAACCACGCUUCACGACCAGCAGAAGUACGCGGAAGCAGAGCCGGUGUGGCGACAGCUGGUUCAGCAGCAGCAGAAGGUGCUAGGCGCCGAGCAUGUCGACACGUUUAACAGCAAAUACUGGCUGGCAACCACGCUUCACGACCAGCAGAAGUACGCGGAAGCAGAGCCGGUGUGGCGACAGCUGGCUCAGCAGCAGCAGAAGGUGCUAGGCGCCGAGCAUGUCGACACGUUUAACAGCAAAUACGGGCUGGCAACCACGCUUCGCGACCAGCAGAAGUACGCGGAAGCAGAGCCGGUGUGGCGGCAGCUGGUUCAGCAGCAGGAGAAGGUGCUAGGCGCUGAAGACGUCGACACGCUUAACAGCAAAUACUGGCUGGCAACCACGCUUCGCGACCAGCAGAAGUACGACGAGGCAGAGCCGCUGUUGCGACAGUCGGCUGAGCAGCAGCAGAAGGUGCUAGGCGCCGAGCACGUCGAAACGCUUCGGAGCAAGUACUGGCUCGCUGCCACGCUUUAUAACCAGCAGAAGUACGCGGAAGCAGAGCAGGUGUUGCGAGAGUCGGCUGAGCAGCGGGAGAAGGUGCUAGGCGCGGAUCAUAAGGACACCCUUGCCAGUAAAGAACUUCUGCAGAAGAUGGUACUUGCCAAGGCGCCGGUUGCCCCGACGAACACCCUCGCAGACAUCGUGUCCAGCCGACUUAGCGACUUCUUUGCCGAUGGCAACCAAAGACGAACAGCAUACACCGACUCCGAGAUUCAGCAGGUCUCGCUCCUCUUAAGUCAAGUCAAUCUGCAAUGGAGCAAAGUUCCAAGAACAUACAUGGUUCUUCGGACGAUCGGCUGCCUGGACCUCCUUGACACUUUUAUCGACCUAGGCUUCUCCGAUCACUGGUUCCCCGUUACUGAGCGAAGCCUUCCGCUAUGUCUUCGACCUAGCAGGCGCUCACAGUUUGUGGCUGCCCAGGACCUAGUAAUCACCAAGUCUGUGGACCUUGAGAAGGGCGAAAAGGGCCAGCACUGCUUUUUCCGAGAACAUGAGCCUCUUCCGCUCGAGAUGAAAGGGAUCCUCGGUUCUGGGGGGUUCGGGCAGGUUGACCGGGUUCUCAGCUUGAUCAGCUUCCAAGAGUAUGCACUGAAGCGAGUGUCGCGGAGCACCGCGUUUGGUGGGCGAGGAACGGAAUGCGUCAAACAGUUUAUUGCUGAGAUUAAGGCGUUGAAGCGUAUAAAGCACCGCCACGUGGUGGAAUUCGUUGGGAGCUACACUGACCCAAAGUACAUGGGUCUGAUUAUGUCUCCCGUUGCUGACAUGGACCUGUCUACCUACCUCGCACGCGCCGACACGGCCAGACACCGAGAGCUGCGUACCUUCUUUGGCUGUCUGGCUCGGGCGCUUGAGUUCUUGCACGAGCAAAGCAUUCGGCACAAAGACAUCAAACCUAGCAACAUCUUAGUGCAUAGCGGAAAUGUCCUAUAUACAGAUUUUGGGCUCGCAUUAGAUUUCACCGACAAAGACGGCAGCACGACGGCCAGCAUGGUGAAUGGAAUGACGCCGAGGUAUUGUGCGCCUGAGGUGGCUAACUACGAACCUCGGAACACGUCGUCCGAUAUCUGGAGCCUAGGGGUUGUCUUUCUUGAGAUGACGGCGGUGCUUAAGGGCAGAACAGUUGAGUAUAUCUACGACUUCCUCAAAGAGCAUGGGACGCGGCAGGCAUAUGUGCGCACGAAUCCUACUAGCACUUAUGCUCUUAUUACAGAGCUUAAAGAGAUAGGUAGUCCUACCGACAACGCAGCGCUUGUGUGGGUCCAGGACAUGGUCAUGUUACAGCAACAGCUGCGGCCUACGGCGGCGUCGCUGAUGGGAUCCAUCGCCAGCGCAGGCGAGAAGGGGGUCGGAGAUGGUGCUUUUUGCGGGAUAUGCUGCGCUUCGCGUGACGACAUCUUGAGCGAUUUUGAUGAGGUAGGGAUAGCUGAUACCAAGUGA